AUGGAUAGAAAGAAACUUUCAGUUGGUACCAAGUCACAUGCCACAUCGAACAGUGGCAGGAAGUUGGUUGGUGCACCCAAGCCAGCCGCUGUUGUUCAAAAGCAGACUGCUGCUGUUGUAACAAAGUCAUCACAAACCAAUGGAAACAACAAGAAGCAACCACAACAGAAGAAGAAGAUUAUUGAGGAGGUUGAAGAGGAGGAGGAUGACGAGGAGUUGGCACUCGAUGAUGAUGAAGAGCUAUCACUCGAUGGUGAGGAUGAGCUCGAUCUCGAUGACGAAGACGAAGAUAUAGUCGAUCAUCCAAAUCUUACAAAGAAGAAUUUGUUGGAUAGUGAUGACGAGGAUGAAGAACUAGUUGUGAAGAGUGGAGAUUUGAACUCAAAGACAAAGGCAUUCUCAGAUAGCAACAAGUCAUGGCUGAAAGUUAGAGGUGAUGGCGAUGAUGAGGAUGACGAGGAUGAUGAGGAGAACGAUGGCGAGGACGAAGAGGAUGAUGAGGAUGAGGAGGGAUUGACAGCAUUCGAGAAGAAGAGCAAGGCUCUCCAGAAGAAGAGAAAGCAGAUGGAGGAGGAGAAUCAAAAGGAGAUGAUCCAUGGCGAGUUUGGCGAUGAGGAUCGUCUGGUCCUGCCAUCGGGCCAGGAGAUCAAGAAGGAGAACAUAUUUGGUGUCGACCUCCAGGAGGUGUACCAGCGUGUCAAGGACGUGAUCAAGACUCUGGAGAACUUCACCAAGGAGCGCGACCCCGAGAUCACGCGUCCACAGUACAUGACACGUCUGCGCGACGAUCUCGCCACCUACUUUGGCUACUCUGCAUGGCUCAUCGACGUCUUCCUCAAGAUCUUUGCCGUGGGCGAGUGUCUCGAGUUCCUCGAGGCCAACGAGCAGCAGCGUCCGCUCACCAUCCGCACCAACACCCUCAAGACCAAGAGAAAGGACCUUGCCGAUGUGCUCGGCACCAGAGGAGUGCAUCUCGAGGCAAUCAAGUGGAGCCAAGUCGGCCUGACCGUCUUUGACUCGCAGGUGGCUAUUGGUGCCACCCCCGAGUACCUUGCCGGCCACUACAUCCAACAGUCGGCCUCUUCCUUCCUGCCAGUGAUUGCCCUCGAGCCCCAACCCGAGGAGCGUGUGCUGGACAUGUGCGCAUCACCCGGUGGCAAGACCACCUACAUCGCUUCGCUCAUGAAGAACACCGGAGUGUUGGUGGCCAACGACAUCAACAAGGAUCGUAUGAAGUCACUGGUGGCCAACAUUCAUCGUCUAGGCGUUCGCAACGCCAUCGUCUCCAACCUGGAUGGCCGCGAGUACCCCAGCCGCAUGGGAGGCUUUGACCGCUGUCUGGUGGACGCGCCCUGCGUCGGCCUGGGCGUCAUUUCCAAGGACCCCCAGAUCAAGAUGAGCAAGAGCGAGAAGGACGUCACCAUCUGCACGCACAUCCAGAAGGAACUGUUGCUGCACGCCAUCGACUCAGUGGACGCCGGCUCCAAGACGGGCGGCAUCAUCGUCUACUCGACCUGUUCGCUCACGGUCGAGGAGAACGAGGCCGUCGUCGACUAUGCUCUAAAGAAGCGCAACGUGCAGUUGGUGGACACCAACAUUGAGUUUGGCGUGCAAGGCUUCACCAACUACCGUGAGCAGCGAUUCAACCCAACACUGAUCCUCACCAAGCGAUUCUAUCCACAUACACACAACAUGGACGGUUUCUACGUUGCCAAGUUCAAGAAGUUGUCCAACGAUAUUCCAGUUUCAAACGCCAAUGACAACAAUGAGAAUGAGAAUGCAUCAUCAUCAGAUAGUGGAAAGAGUAACAAGAAGCAGAAACUUACAAACAACAACAAUAACAAGCCAAACAACAACAAAUCAAACAACACCAACACCAACAACAACAAUAACAAGCCAAAUAAGAAGUCAACAAGCCACAACAGAUAUAAGAAGACUGCUGAUCCAAAGCCAAAGAGCAACAACAAACAGAAGAAGAAGUAA